UUCAUUGGAAAAGCGUGGCUCACCUCAUUCUUCUUAUAAAUUAACACACCAGCCCAACUAAUCCCUCUGCUUCACUUCACCGGUUCGCUCUCUCUCUAGAAGCCAUCAUCAGAAACAAAGAAGAAAGAAGCGAAGAGUUGCAGCAGCGAUCCCUCUUCGGAGCUUUUCCUCGCUCUUUUCUUCAUUGCUUUGGUCGUGUGAACCGCUGAAAAUGACGGGGACUGGAGUGUUUGCGGAUAUCUUAGAUGGUGAUGUUUACAAGUACUACUCAGAAGGAGAGUGGAAGACAUCUUCUUCUGGAAAAUCUGUGGCGAUCAUCAAUCCUACUACCAGAAAAACUCAGUACAAGGUUCAAGCUUGUACACAAGCAGAGGUGAACAAAAUCAUGGAAGCUGCCAAAACAGCCCAGAAGGUGUGGGCCAAGACUCCUCUCUGGAAGAGAGCAGAGCUACUACACAAGGCCGCUGCAGUCCUCAAGGAGCACAAAGGUCCCAUCGCGGAGUGCCUCGUCAAAGAGAUCGCGAAACCCGCUAAGGAUGCUGUCACUGAGGUUGUUAGGUCUGGAGAUUUGGUGUCUUACACUGCAGAAGAAGGUGUUAGAAUUCUAGGAGAGGGGAAGUUCCUUGUAUCCGAUAGUUUUCCCGGGAACGAGAGGACCAAAUACUGCCUUACUUCUAAGAUUCCACUUGGGGUCAUAUUAGCAAUUCCGCCUUUCAACUAUCCUGUUAACUUAGCAGUCUCAAAAAUUGCUCCUGCACUGAUUGCUGGUAACUCCCUGGUGCUCAAACCUCCAACUCAGGGUGCUGUUGCUGCUCUCCAUAUGAUUCAUUGUUUUCACUUGGCUGGUUUUCCCAAAGGCCUUAUCAGCUGUGUUACUGGAAAGGGCUCUGAGAUUGGAGACUUCCUCACAAUGCAUCCUAGCGUGAAUUGUAUAAGUUUCACUGGUGGAGACACUGGAAUAGCAAUCUCAAAGAAGGCAGGCAUGAUCCCUCUUCAAAUGGAACUGGGAGGAAAAGAUGCUUGCAUCGUUCUUGAAGAUGCUGAUUUGGAUUUAGUUGCAGUAAACAUCAUAAAAGGAGGAUUCUCUUACAGUGGUCAAAGAUGUACAGCUGUUAAGGUUGUCUUGGUGAUUGAGUCUGUAGCUGAUGCUCUUGUUGAAAAAGUUAAGUCCAAAGUAGCAAAGUUGACUGUUGGACCACCAGAGGAUGAUUGUGAUAUCACACCAGUUGUGACAGAAUCAUCGGCGAACUUCAUUGAAGGAUUGGUGAUGGAUGCCAAACAGAAAGGAGCAACAUUUUGCCAAGAGUACAGGAGAGAAGGAAAUCUGAUCUGGCCUCUCUUGUUAGAUCAUGUUCGACCUGAUAUGAGGAUUGCAUGGGAGGAACCAUUUGGACCUGUUUUGCCAGUCAUAAGGAUAAACUCUGUUGAAGAAGGAAUUCACCAUUGCAAUGCUAGCAAUUUUGGCCUGCAGGGCUGCGUCUUCACAAGGGAUAUAAACAAAGCAAUCUUGAUUAGUGAUGCAAUGGAGACGGGGACAGUUCAAAUCAAUUCGGCACCAGCUCGGGGCCCAGAUCAUUUUCCUUUCCAGGGCCUGAGAGACAGUGGAAUCGGAUCACAAGGAGUGACGAACAGUAUUAACCUGAUGACCAAGGUUAAGAGCACUGUGAUAAACCUACCAACCCCUUCAUACACCAUGGGUUAAUUUGUUUACUGGGAAAUUACCACUUUUGUUUUAGUCAAUUACUAUUGGCUGUUUGAUUGUAGAUUUAAAUGAUGAGAAUAAUGGGAUUCACUUGACUCUCUGGUUAAGUGAAGAGAGAUGAUCACCUAAACAAAUGAAACGGUUUACCUACUUCAUCCUCUCAGUCCAAGCCUUCCGUUUGGAAGCUUGAGCAGUCCAAGAUGUAUCUGCAACUUAUACUACCACACUAGGAGUAUACAAAUAGUGAUGAAUAAUAGUUAUUUUUAAGUGAUUUGUGGUCUUUA